UUUCAUUUAUAAUCUUCCUUUCAAAGGAUUCUGUCUACGAACUGUUUUUGUUUUUGACUUAACCUUUUCAUGGGUGGUUGAUAAAGGCUACUGACUACUGAUAUUCUAAUUUGGUAAAAGAUUUUUUUUCCCUCUUUCUAUUAAGGCAUGUUUGUCUUCUGAUGAUUCACCAGUUUUAUGAACUUGGAGUUAGUCUCAGGUCUUAUAUACUGAUCCCUCUCUUUUCAUUUUUCCUUAUCUUUCUUUUACUUUCAAAAAUUAGUGGAGAGUCUUCUUUACAGGAUCUUUCUGAUAUUGUUUUGUUGAGUACUACUUCACCAACUGGGAAUUUUCACAAAGUGCACUAAAAUAUGUAUGUGGUGGAGAGCAAAGGAGGUGCCAUAGCUUGCAUGCUUCUAGCUCUCCUCUUCUUAGGGACAUGGCCUGCUAUCUUGACCCUUCUAGAGAGAAGAGGCAAGUUGCCUCAACACACCUAUCUUGAUUAUUCAAUCACUAAUCUCUUGGCUGCUGUAAUUAUAGCAUUUACAUUUGGUGAAAUUGGAAACAGCACACCUGAGAUGCCCAACUUUCUAAUUCAGCUCUCUCAGGAAAAUUGGCCCUCUGUGUUAUUUGCAAUGUUAGGAGGAGUGGUCCUUAGCCUGGGAAAUCUCUCAACUCAGUAUGCUUGGGCUUUUGUUGGUUUGUCUGUUACAGAAGUGAUCACUUCAAGCAUAACAGUUGUUAUAGGAACAACCAUGAACUACUUUUUAGACGACCAAAUUAACAGAGCUGAGAUCCUUUUCCCCGGCGUUGGAUGCUUCUUGAUUGCAGUUUGUCUUGCAUCUGCUGUUCACUCAUCCAAUGCAGCUGAUAAUGAAGCAAAGCUUGGAAGUUUGUCAUCUGAUCAGAAGGAAGGAAAUUUACAGAUGUCAACAUUGCAAGAUAAGGUUGGGUCAGAAGAUCUAGAAGAUGGCAGUGUCUCUUCCGAGAAGGCUAAAGUUGGAACUGCAGAGUUUCUUAUGCAGCUUGAGAGAAAAAGAUCAAUCAAAGUGUUUGGGAGAAACACAUCAAUUGGACUGGCCAUAUGUUUCUUUGCUGGUGUUUGCUUUUCUCUCUUUUCACCAGCAUUUAACCUGGCAACAAACGAUCAAUGGCAUACAUUGAAAGACAGGGUUCCUCACUUGGUUGUCUACACUGCCUUCUUUUACUUCUCGGUAUCAUGUUUUGUCAUUGCAAUCAUCCUAAACAUCACCUUCCUUUACUACCCUGUGCUGGACUUACCUAGAUCAUCUUUCAAGGCUUACGUGAAUGAUUGGAAUGGCAGAGGCUGGGCCUUACUGGCCGGUCUUCUCUGCGGGUUUGGCAAUGGUCUCCAAUUCAUGGGAGGGCAAGCUGCAGGGUAUGCUGCAGCAGAUGCCGUUCAGGCACUUCCACUAGUGAGCACUUUUUGGGGAAUUCUUCUGUUUGGAGAGUACAGAAAAUCAUCAAGAAGAACGUAUAUACUGCUUCUCAGCAUGUUGUUUAUGUUUAUUGCAGCUGUUGCUGUUCUUAUGGCAUCAUCUGGGCAUCGAAAAUAAGAUGCAAUUACCUACAUAGUUUUUUUUCUUUUAAAUAUUAUUGUUUUUUGUGGGUUGGGGGUGUUAAAGCAUUAAUAUAUAAACAUGUUUUCACUUUUUCAUCAAGAUGCCUGCAAAAGCUUUCCCUAUUGGUCUUUGGUGAAAGAUGUUUAAUUACAUGAGUAAACUGGCUGCAAAUAUGUAUAAUUUUGCCAGCAUUAACAUUAGCAAGCAAACAACUGUGUAUACAAGAAGGAAGGUUUCUGCGAGCUUACUUUGUUUCUCUUAUUGUUGAGUUCUGUUUUUGAAGCUCAAUUUUAGAAUCGUGUAAUAUGCUAAGUAAAAAUAAGAAACGUAAGGUGUAAUAUCCACCCACAAGAAAAUAAACUAAACUAGUUAUAGUA